GCAAUUGGAAUGGGGAGUGGGGGAACAGGGCAAACUGAUAUUGAAGAGGUUCAGCUCAAUUCCAGGUAUUUGGGAAAAGAGAAAGGGAAUUGGAAAUGACCCCAGGAGGAAAGAGAAGAAACAAGAAAGAUGCAAUUUCUUUGGAAGAUAUCUUACGGUACAAGGAAAUGCCUCAAAAAGUUGCUGCAAACCUUCUUAACGUCGGCUUAUCCACAUUGAAGCGUGCUUGUCGAGGGCAUGGCAUCCCCAGUUGGCCACCUUGCGGGGAACACAAUCAAUCUUGCCCCAACGAAUCUCCCGCGGUUGUUGAUAAAGAGCCAAUCCCACAACCGAAUUCUGAUACGCUUUUGCCUUCUAAUCAAGUCUCAGCUACUAUUGGCACAGAAAGUGUGACUGUGAAGGCAAGAUUUAGUAUAGUUACAAUGAAGUUUCAGCUGUCUUGGCAAUGGAGAGUGGAAGAGCUAAAACAACAAGUGGAAAAGAGGCUGGGACACGGGGCUGAAAAUUAUUACAUUUGCUACAAAGAUCAGGACAAUAAUGAUGAUUUAUUAAUAGCUUGUGAUGAGGAUUUACAGGAUCAUAUCUCCCAUUCUAGCCUACCCGGCACCAACUUGAUUGAGGUAUUUCUUAAGCCAAAGUAGCUGAUGAAUCUGGCAUUGACCAACUUAUUUUUCUUCAACUGUAUUAAGCGUUUAGUAUUCACGCCUCAAUUUUCUUUGUACUGCAUGUAUUAAUAAUCUUGGUACUUAAAACCUUUACCCCUGCUUUUCUUUUUCAACUAUAUUAAUUUAAGUGUUUAGUUAUAACGUUUCC